UUGGUGUUAAAACAAAUCACAGUAAACUCUCCCUUGUGUUGUGAAUAUAACCUAUACAUUUGUUUUUAUUAAAACGAUGAGGCCUAAAUGAUUAGUCUCCUUUAUAUCUGUUACAGCAAAGAUUGAGAGCACACCACAAAAUGAUUGUCUGAUCUGUACCGCCUCAGUCUGAUAAGCUAAUAAAGCAAACGCUGUUUUCUUUUCGGGUUAUGUAAUAGCUGCAGUAAUACAGUGCAAACAUGAUGUACAUUUUCUUAUUGCCCUUGUAAUCCAGUGCACGGAUUAUGAUUUUAACAACCCGUCAUGUGACCGCUUCAUCUGCUGUUACAUAACCGCUGACACACAUCCGGGAGCCAGUGUGACACAUCUGCCAGAAGAUGGCAGCCUCGGCUACGAACUUAGAUAAAUAAAUAAACAUGACAGGCAGGGAUAUAUAUCUUGCAAUGAGGAGAAGCUGAUAAAAAUCCCCGGAUUGAACCGUAAAUAAGAAGCACGAGAGAGGCUGAGAAGCAGACAGAGGUUCCUGGGGAUCCUGCUGUAGGCCGACAGGGAGAGGGGAAAACACCGCGGACACUGCUUCAGGGCGUUGAUGUCCAGACGGGAAACUGCGAGACAUCACCCAGUACUUCCUUGUAAAGAAAGAAGAAAAAAGCAAAACAAAUCACAUGAAGGAGUGCAGAAAGUCAGCAAGAACUGGGAACUACAUUCUCUGCAGCCCGCCCUUUGUAGACUAUGGUGGACAUUUCAGAUCUCUCUAUUCUUGGCCACCCAGGAGAGGCAGUGGAGGAUUAAAUCACAUGCUCUGUCAAGGGUGAAUGCAAACCACACCUAUUGAAACCUUUUCCAGGCCUCUUUUUCUCCUUGAACCCCUACCGGGAUCUUAGAGACAUUCUCAAGUAAUUAGCUUAUCUCACACAAAGCGGUACUCUGAUAAAGGUCAGAAACAUUUUAUGUUUUUUCAAUGAGGGCUCAAAUCGAGACCCAGCCACGGGCCACUGGAGGGUCUCAGAAAAGCUUUUGGGGAUCAUUCAUUUGGACGUGAAGAUUACAGAGGCAACAGACAUCAUGGGUAACAAGAACACCAGCCCACUGAAAGGUCCUGACACUGGACCUACACAGAAAGAGGAUGGGGUGUUCAUCGAUAGUGUCACAGGAAUGGCCUCUAGAGAUGGACCGUUGAGCCCCAGCUCAGAGUUGUUGGCCUCUCUGCAGUCCCUCAGAGAAAACAGUGACUACACACUGCUGCCACAGUCCCUGCACCAGAUUGCAGAGACAUACUCGCUCAAAGAGGACUACCAGUGGGCUAUCCAGUUUCUACAGCUGGAGAAGCUCUACCAUGAACGUCUGCUCUCCAACCUUGCUGCCCUGCAGGAGAACUGGGAGAGCCAGUGGAAAGAGAAGAAGAACCCUGAGAGCAUUUUGUCUACAGAGGCUGACUCCAUCAGUCAGAAACACAUUGAGACCCUGAGCCGGAUCUGCAGGACGCACCUCAGCCCAUCAAUCAGUGUGGAACAGAGCAAGGUGAAUACAACUAUGAAAGACAGUCAGCACAAGAACCAGACACUACAAUCCUGUCAUGAUAAAGUCAGCAAGCUCGAAACAUCACAACAGGACGGAGAACGAGAGCAAAACAUGAACUCAGAAUCAGAGCUGUCUUCAUCACAAACAGGCAACCAGGAGGAAGCAGAGGAAGGAGAUAAAGACACAUAUGAGGAAGGACAGGAAGUAGAAGAGGAGGAGCCAUGUGAGGAGACACCAGAGGAGGAGGAGGUGAAGGUGGAGUGGCCAACAGGAGUCCCCCAGGCUUCAGACAAGGACCUAGCCAAACUGUCUAACACAGAGGGGGGCUCCUACCCAGAUGGCCUCGUCUCCAUACUGAAGAGGAGGCGAGCAUCACUGGAUGGUCUACCUCCCCCAGGCAACACUACUACUAAACAGAACUCCAAACGCAAAGUUCGUUUCAGCGAACCAGAGGAUAGCAUUGAGCAAGAUGAGGUAGGUGGAGAUUCCUGCCUGAUCCUCCUGCUGCUGUGUCUGGUUACUGUGGUGAUCAGCAUAGGUGGGACCGCUCUCUACUGCACCAUGGUGGACACGUACUCUAACAUUUGCACUGACUUCACUCACAACCUCGAUUUCUACGUCACGAGCGUACAGAGGUUCUUUGAAGGACUCGGACGGUGGCUGCCCUUCCGGACUUAGACCCUUCUGUCGUCAUUCAUACAUUUGUGCUGUAAUGGCUUAUAAAAUAGAGAGUGACGAAGAGCAAGUUCCUGAGCAAGACUGCACAGGCAUGAGUCCACAGACUAUCUGACAUCUUACGGCUCAGUAAGAUUCAGUUCGAUCAAAUGAACUAAGAUUUAUCAUGUAUCAGCAAUCGGGUGCUCAAAGCAACACCAAACAGUAAAAACAGUCCAAACUUCUUCACCUCAGAAGAAAAACAUGAUGACGCAUGCUGUUGUGGAAUGAAUGUUAAAAAGACAAAACAAAAAAGUUUACUACCGUCUGUAUGGAUGUUUUAACUUUAAACUGAACCUUACAGAUACGACACCAGAGGGCUCUCAGCUUUCAGCUAUACUAACAGAAUAGUUUAACAGAAGUAGUUUAUCUGCAUCUUAGUGUUUCCCUGACAGUUGUAGCAGUCUUUCCUUUUCUGGCAGUUUUUACUUAGCAUCAUAUAAGUAUAUUUGUUCUUUUGUACCAUUGUACUAUGUACCAUGCUGUUUUCCUUUUAAUGUUAUCAUUAUUGUUUGCUUAACUGAUCCACCUCUACACUGUUUGACUGUACUCCUACUGUGUAUCAGACAUUAUUAACUGCACAACAACAAAGAUUAAUAUUAUUUUGAAAAUCCCUGAUUCUAGAUACAGAUGAUCCUUUCACUAAAAAGGAUCAUUUCAUUACUACCUGUUUACCUCAACAUGUGUGGUUACUCUUAACUUUCCUCUUAUCAACUUAAGACAACGAAUUAAGAGAGAAGCGGUGUACAGUAUAUGAUACUGGUACAUGUACAGAUCGGAGAUAAUCAGUAUGCAAUACAGUAAUUCAACAGUUUGAACUCAGGCACGUCACCUGUGUUUAAUCUUCUGGUGCUCAAUGAUAUCAUGUUCAUCCUUUACAUCUUUUAGUGUGUAACCCUAAAAUGCCUGGUGUACAUUUGGAUUCCCCAAAUGUGGCGCACAAACAGCUACACCAUGUAGUAAAAGCCCAAGGCAGUGAGGACAUGGAAGGUGUGAACAGUCAACAGGCAAAAAUACAGGUGGUUUAAAAUGUAGAUCAAAUACUGCACAUUAUCACUGGAAAUAAAAGUAGUCAAGUCAGGUGAAUUUUUAUUCAUUGUAUAUAACAUCACAAAUCACAUAUUUGCCUGAAGGGGCUUGACAUUAUCUGCAGCAGGCAAGACCCUCUGCCCUUAGACCCUGGAAUCAGAUAAAGGAAAACCCCCCCAGAAAGUCUUUAACUAGUUAAUUGAUCACAUUUAUUUACACCUGCAGCUCUAAAUGUUUCAUUGGGUUAUGAGCACACUCUUGAGGCUUCUUUUAUCUGCAGUGGGAGUGUAAUAUCUAGUGUAUAUGGGUUGUGUUGUCUUUGUCUCGUUUUGUCCAGUAGUGUUAUGCAUCCAACAGUUGUGUGUCCUGGCCAAUUCAAGUAACAUGACAGAAAAUAUGCCUGGAACAAUUACAUUUUACUGGAAUGGAGAACAUGAAUCUUGAUCAUCGUGGGCCUUUUCCAUUGCCUUGUAUUGAUAUGUGUGUGUGUGUGUGUGUUUUACUAAUUUCAACUUGCAAAAUGAUGGAUGUUGUCUCUGUAUUGUCAUUGUGAAUAUUAUUUCCCAACCAAGUGUGCCAUUAUAGUCCAUCUCUACUGUACACGUUGUUAUGUUCAGCUGUGUCCACAAGGGAAUAUAAAAAAAUAUUACAUUGUGUUGUUUUUUUAAGG